CCCCUGGCCGGCCGGGGUGGAGUCAGCUGACGCCGGCGCUCCAGCCUCGCCUCCCCGCGCCGCGCUCCCCAAAGUGGCUGCGAGCCGGCCGCCCACUUUCAGGGUUGGGGGACACGGAAAGUGAUGCACGCCUCCUGACGCCUGGCCGAGCCACAGCCCGAGCAGCUCGCCUCUUCAACUUUCUCCCCCAGCUCUUUCUCUCCACCCUGCCCUAAGCCCUCCCCGGAGCCGCUUGGGGUGCGUGCUCUUGGCUAAGGGGGGUCAGCGGCUGUCUGGGAUGGCUUCCAAUUUUAAUGACAUAGUGAAGCAAGGGUACGUGAGGAUCCGGAGCAGGCGCCUAGGGAUUUAUCAACGAUGCUGGUUAGUGUUCAAGAAAGCUUCAAGCAAGGGUCCAAAAAGACUGGAGAAGUUUUCCGAUGAACGUGCUGCAUAUUUUAGGUGUUAUCAUAAGGUGACGGAGCUCAACAACGUGAAGAACGUGGCUCGAUUGCCGAAGAGCACCAAGAAGCAUGCCAUAGGGAUUUAUUUCAAUGACGACACCUCCAAGACAUUUGCUUGCGAAUCAGAUCUUGAGGCAGAUGAAUGGUGCAGAGUCCUCCAGAUGGAGUGUGUGGGGACACGGAUCAAUGACAUCAGCCUGGGAGAGCCUGACCUCCUGGCCACGGGGGUGGAGAGAGAACAGAGCGAGAGAUUCAAUGUGUAUUUGAUGCCAUCUCCUAACUUAGAUGUACAUGGCGAAUGUGCCUUGCAGAUUACAUCUGAGUACAUCUGUCUUUGGGACGUCCAGAAUCCCAGAGUCAAACUCAUCUCUUGGCCGCUAAGCGCCCUGCGGCGGUAUGGACGUGACACCACGUGGUUCACUUUUGAGGCAGGGAGGAUGUGUGAGACUGGUGAAGGGCUGUUUAUCUUUCAAACACGUGAUGGAGAGGCCAUCUAUCAGAAAGUCCACUCUGCUGCUCUGGCCAUAGCGGAACAGCAUGAGCGCCUGCUACAGAGCGUGAAAAAUUCCAUGCUCCAGGUGAAGAUGAGCGAGCGGGCCUCCUCUCUGAGCACCAUGGUGCCCCUGCCGCGCAGCGCCUACUGGCAGCACAUCACGCGGCAGCGCAGCACGGGCCAGCUCUACCGCCUGCAGGAUGUCUCCAGCCCUCUGAAGCUUCACCGGACAGAGACUUUUCCUGCCUACCGGUCUGAGCACUGACGGUAGCUGCAAAGAAUUGUUAGCACACUUAUGAUGAGUGAGCCACAGAUCCACGCAGGAGGCCACAGAAUGGUGGCAAGGGAAGUCACAAGGAAGGAAAGAAGCCUGGUGUCCUGGCUCAUUGUGUGGUCACGGGAAACUCUGCAAUACAAUACAUUUUUUUUCCUUUUCCUUUUCUUUUCCUUUAUUAAAAAAAAAAAAGUCUUAGCCUGAUUGAACAUGCUCUAUAGAUACCGACUUCCCCCUUCUUUACAGCUGGAUGGAAAGAAGUCAAUGCCACAAAGUGACUUUCUAUCGUAGACACCUUGUCCCUUGCUCUUCUCUGCCUCUGUCUUUUUUGUGGAUUUGUGUGAUUUUCCUUCUGUUUCAAUUGUAUGGCAGUCAGUAUCGACAAUAAAAUGGCUCUUAAUUAUUUGAUAUUUGUUUACACCCUACACCUCAGUUACUGAUACUGUGGUUAACUACUGGAAUCAUAUUUGAUUGUAUUACCCAUUUGUCAAAUCAGUGUUUGGACUCACCCUCCACCUGCUAUGUUCAGAACUAGACUUCCAAGAACCCCUUUAUUAUUGUUUACAAGGUACAGUUUCUCUCCUUUCAUCACCCUUUUUAAAGCCUUUAUUUUGUUGGAGUACCUUCAUAAAACAUUUUAAAAUAAAAAGAUCAUUCUUCA